AUGCCGGCAGCCCCGCCGAGCAAGGUGCCGACCAUUCGGCUGAGUCGGGAGCCCAACAGGUUGACGAGGGAAACGCCUUUCAACUGCAGGAUCCAGUUCCGGAAUGACCUGCCUGAGAUCCCGUGCGACCCCAAGCUCCUGCUCCCCGUCGUCAAUGCCCGCGAACUGGCCGCAUUCUCCUUGACCACCCUGGAGAAGGGCCUCAAGCGCGACAUGCUCUUCGAGCCGGACCUGGGCAUCCCCCUCGCCCCGCUUUCCAUCCAGCGCUAUGCCAUCCCGGAGGGAAGCGUCCCCCUGGACCCCGCGGAUGCAGCCCUCCUCGAGACGGGGGACACCGCAAACGGGAAGAAGGGCAAGCACGCUUCCGCCUCGGAGGUCUCCUGGCUCCUCCGCACCUCCUACCUCACCAGCGGGCACGGCGCGGACAAGGGCAGCCAGCGCCCCGACUCGCGUGCCUCUCGAGGCGCCGAUGCGGCCGCUGACGAGGAGCUGGGCGAAGACGUCGCAGCACGCAUUGCCACCAUCGAGGAAUCCUUUGCUGCCGCCGAGCUGCCGCCUGUGCAUGCGACCAAGCCCGAGCUCACGGCUGUGGAAGUGCUUCCAGUCCUCCCUGAUGACUCCCUGGCGGGCAGGAAUUACGUGCUUGCGCUCUUCGAUACAGACCCAGUGGCAGACAUCGAUCGCCUGUCGCGGCUGGAGCAGGGGCAGCUCUCCAGGGUCAAGCAGGCGGUCCAGCUCAAGUCCUUUGCGCAACGGAAGUCAGACGGGCAGCUGGACAGAUUCGUGGCGCUGCUGGUGCCCAGUGGGACGCUGCCCGCUGGGCCAGACUCCGGGGCGCUGUCGGCGCGGCAGCUCCAGGGCGACUACGAGUGGGUGCGGGAGUACGACAGCAGCGUACGAUACGACGACAAACAGAGCACCUUCCUGUUCAGGCGGACCCACGACAGGGUCGGGUACCACGACCUCAACACCAAGCUGGCGCUGCGGAAAAGGAAACGAGGCGCGCUGGAGGGCGAGUCCUUCCUUCAACCAGAAAAGGCAGGCGGGAUGGCAGAAUGGGAGGGGGUGUCGAUGAGAGAGGGGUGCGGCCGGGUGGCUGACGAUGCGAAGGCAUCCAGCCUCUGGCAAGCCUCAAGCUGCAUAAUCACCACUUACCAGCUGUGA